AUAAAUAAUAACGGACGUGGGGCUGAGCCUCUCAGAGGGUUCCAAAUCCCUUUUAAAAAAAAAAAAAAAGAAAAGAAAAAAAAAAAACAGUAAUCAGUUAACUUUUAAGUUGCAACCUUUUCUGCUCUACUACCUGCUCCUCCAUUCAAAGCCAGAAAUCAAAGGAGAAUGGGCACACACGUCUCCAAACAGGUCGAAAGGCGCAAGGCGAUUUCGACUGAGAAGAAAACUCUGUGUGGUCUGCAUGAAAAAUGUGGCGUGGACUUUCCAGAAUGUUCAUACAAGCCUGCAGACAGGAAAAACUGGAUGGCUGGGAUCAACCCUGACAAGGUUCACAUAAACCAGAUUGUCUGGCCCGGAACUCAUGACUCUGCAACUAACAGGAUUGGAGUCCCUUGCAUCACUAGGCCUUUUGCUCAGUGCCAGAACCUCUCCAUCUACAAACAGCUAGUCAAAGGCACCAGAGUUCUUGACAUUCGAGUUCAGGAGGAUCGCCGAGUCUGUCAUGGAAUUCUCAAAGCUUACAACGUUGAUGUUGUGAUCAAUGACGUCAAGAAGUUUUUAUCCGAAACGGAGAAGGAGAUCAUCAUCCUUGAAAUUCGAACUGAGUUUGGACAUGAAGACCCUGCUGAGUUUGACAAGUAUCUGGUGGAGCAGUUUGGAGAGCUUUUGAUCCACCAGGAUGACAAUGUGUUUCACAAGACCAUUUCAGAACUGCUGCCGAAAAGGAUCAUAUGUGUGUGGAAGCCAAGGAAGUCUCCUCAGGCCAAGGCAGGGAGUCCAUUAUGGAACUCCGGGCAUUUGAAGGAUAAUUGGAUUGAUACGGAUUUGCCAUCCACAAAAUUCGAGAGCAAUAUGAAACAUUUGAGUGAGCAGCCACCGGUGACAUCAAGGAAAUACUUUUACAGGGUGGAGAACACUGUGACACCCCAGGCUGAUAACCCUAUCUUGUGUGUCAAGCCUGUGACAGGGCGGAUUCAUGGAUAUGCAAGGCUGUUUAUAACUCAGUGCUUCUCUAGAGGAUGUGCAGAUAGGUUGCAGAUCUUCUCCACAGAUUUUAUUGAUGAGGAUUUCGUUGAUGCGUGCGUUGCAGUUACAUAUUCUAGAAUUGAAGGGAAGGCAUGACUUUUAUUAAUGGAAUCAAGCUUGGAGUGCCAUACUUUGUCCCCAGUUUGAAGAUAGGCUCUAUUGAUUACAAGAACUGUAAAUAUUGUACCCAAGUGUGAAGAUCUUCUGAAAGUUGCAGCAGCAGGACCUUUGGUUGGAUUUAUAUUUAUUCCUCAAGUUGAUUGGGUUUAGACUUAAAGGAAAGACUUGUGUAUUUGUGCAAGUCUUUCUGCAGAUAUGGAUUGUAUAUUGAUUUAUUUUAUGAAUUUGAGUUUCUUGGAAUACUGUUUUGGAUGUUGUGUAAUAUGUUUUUCAUGUUUUGAGUAGUCUAUGAAGGGAUCGAGUUCAAAAUGCAUGAGCCACUGUUAUUGAGUA